UCAGAAAAAUGGCGUCCUCGAGCAUUCAAGAAGAAGCAGCAACAGCAGUAUUAACAGAUGGAAAUGCAGCAAACUCUAAUAUACAAUCUCAAGAUCAAUCUUUUCUGUCUGCUGCUAAAACUACUUCUGCAGUUGACCAGCAGCAAGAACCACAAGAACAACACUGUACUGACACAGGUGGCCCAGUGAAUACAGGAGACCAUCAGGGUGAAAGUGAAGUCAUUUCAGAGGCAGAUGUGGCUUCCCAAGACAUUACAACGUCUGCUAAUGACACUGAAACACAGCAGCCCCAAACAUUGUAUGUGGCAAUUCAGCCUGGAGCAAACAUGGAGUCAGGACAGGGAGACCAACCUGCAGUAUACCUGGAAGUAGUGGAGGCAGGGAGUGGUACAGAGGUUACCUCCAGUGAAGGACAGGUUAAUCUAGUUCAAGAAGAGAUGGUUAUUGAUAAUGCAUCAUCUACUGAUGUUACCACUAUACCUACAUCAGUCCUGUCCCAGGUGAUGGACCAAGCUACGUUAUCCACCAUGCAGGCUGAAAUGAUUGCAGUUCAGGUCCUUUCCCAAUCUGCAACAGGCGACAUUCAGUACCUGCAACAUCAGUCUCCAGCACGGUUUAUUCCAAUUGUCACAUCAACAGAUUCAAGUACUUUGAACUCAUUACAAGCCACACUCAGUCAAAUGCCACUUGCAACCCUACAGAUAAGCCCCUCUCAACCAGGAGCAACAACCCAGACAAUUCAAUUACCAGGUGGCCAAACCAUUCAAGUGCCCCUGAAUGUUACCCAAAUGUCAGCUCUGGCCUCAUCACAGACAGAUGCUGGAGGGGUAUCCACAACUGGGGGCACCCUCACCACCAGCACAGAAGCUAUCAUCGCAGCUACCACAAGUGCAGAAGCAGCUGCUGCAGCUGUAGCUCAAGAGCAAGGGGCCACCCUUGUCACAGUUCAUCCAGCUGUGAUAGAGGCUCCUGCAGAUGGCACUGAAGGUGGACAUGAUGGGGAAGAACAUGACGGCGAUGAUGAUGGUAAACCCAAGUACACCUGUGAAAUUUGCGGAAAAUCUUAUAUUCGCUCCUGGUCAUAUUAUGGACAUAUGAGAGAACAUGCCUCUGGGGAGAAGCAGCACAAAUGUGAAGUGUGUGGCAAGAUAUUUAAUUAUGCCAGCAAUCUGCGACAGCACAUGCUCAUUCAUACAGGAGAGAAGCCAUAUGAAUGUGAGUAUUGUGACAAGGCAUUCAACAACCCCAGCUCUCUGCGAUCCCAUGUUCUGUCCCAUUCUGAGGACAGACCUUACAUCUGCGAUCAUGAGGCAUGUGGUAAGGCCUUUAACAACCCAGGAUCUUUGAGGGUUCAUCGCAGAGUGCAUCAGGAAGAGAAGCCCCACAAGUGUGAAGUGGAAGGCUGUGAUAAGGCGUUCAAGACACCAGCCGAGCUGUCCCGCCAUGCAUUCAGGCACACUGGCGAAAAGCCACACAAAUGUGAUCAGUGCGAAAAGGCUUUUAUUCGUUAUGAUGAUCUUAAACGACAUUACCGCAUUCACACAGGUGAAAAACCUUUCAAGUGUGAUCAGUGCGAUUUUGCCUGCAUCCAGUCAUUUGACUUGGUGAAGCAUAAGUUCACUCACAGCGGUGACAAACCAUACAAGUGUGAGAUGUGUCCGAAGCAGUUCACACGCCCCGCUCGGCUGCGAGACCACAUGAGAACUCAUACUGGAGAGAAACCUUACAUAUGCGAUGUGUGUGGUAAAGGCUUUGCUAUUCAAACAGGGCUCAAGUCUCAUCAGGCCGUGCACACCGGAGACAAACCGUUUAAAUGCGAUGAGUGCGACAAGACAUUCCGCACCCAACUAGAGCUGCAGUCUCACAUGGGAAGACACACUGGGGUGAAACCUUUCCAGUGUGACAUCUGCCACAAGGAGUUCAUCUCUACAAUCACCUUUAAGCGUCAUGCCAUUGUGCAUUCUGGGGAGAAGCCGUUCGAAUGCACCGAGUGCGGCAGGCGUUUUGCACGCUCUACUGACCUCAAAGUGCACAUGCCCGUGCACAGCGAGGACAAACCGUACAAAUGUGGAGAAUGCGAGAAGAUGUUCACUCGGUUUAGCACGUUGAAGGAGCACAUUCGAACACACACAGGUGAACGGCCUUUUAAAUGCGACGAAUGUGGUCGAGAGUUCAACCACAGGAGCCAUUUUAACAAUCAUCUCCGGAUUCACACGGGCGAGAAGCCUUUCAAGUGUGAAGUUUGCGACAAGGAUUUCUCCCGCAAGGCUUCUCUCCGGUAUCACAUGAAGGUGCAUAACAAGGGCGAUGGACGAGUCAGAGUGCGGGGCAAAAAGGAAGAUCAGUCUGACACAGAGGUCAUCGAUGAACAGUCACAAGGGACCACGACUGUGGAACAGACCAUGUCUACCGUAAACAUCAGUCAUCUGGGUACAGAUGCUGACGUUCAGUUGGCUGAGGCAUUGGUUGCCGUCAGUGAAGCAGUAGUUGCGGCGGCGGCUGAAGGAGACGACACUCCUCGGGUUGUAGCCGUUGAGGAGACGACACAUAGCGAAGAGGAUGCUGUUAUGCAGCAGCACUUGCAAGACGGUCACGCUGUCCAAGCUUCCAUGUUGGUGGAUCCCGUCACACAAGCUGCCGUCAGCGCCGGCAUCUCCGCCAGUGAUGUGGGCCAAUCCGUUGUCGAGACAGUAGUAACCACCAUGCCUCAGGUUGUCGACAUAGCUACCGCUGGGUCGGAGGUGUCGGUUGGUGAAGCUGUUGGCAUUCCUACCGGACAAGUGCAUAUUAUGGAGGUGGCCGACGGCACGGCAGUCACUACUGCUGACGUUCAAGCAGCCAUCGGUGAAGCCAUGCAGACAGCGCACGUGACUGUAGAGGGAUCCGAUACUCUGGGUAUCACCGUGCCAGCAGAGAUCCUAGCUGCCAUGGCGGCUGCGCAGUCGCAUCCUCAUUUACUGAUAGCUACCGCUGAUCAGCAACUAAUGCAGGCUCAAGUUGCUGCUGGAGCUGCUGACCAGCAAGCAUUGCAAACGCAAGGCGGAGACGUGGUGAAUCAAGCCUCUGGAGGUUCUACACAGUUGGGAGGCGACCUGCAGGCCAGCAGUCAUGGUGCGCAUCAGCAGCAGCAAAUGGAAGAACCCAUGCAAACAGAGUAAUAAGGAUUGCGUGAAAAUGAAAUUGGUGUACUUGUGUUGCAAGAUGAAACGGUUCGUUUUCAGUACUUAAGUCUUUUUGUCAUGCUGGGGCUGGCAUGUUUUUCUGUAUUCAUUUUGUACAGACAUUACAGAACUUCUUUGAAAUAUCCGUGUGCCAUUAACUAAUUUGGAUCAUUUUGUAAACAUUAUAAUCAAAACUACGUUUUACGCUUCUUGCGUUGAGAAGUUGAGUAAAUACAUGUAUUGUUACAAUAUAUUUGACCCAUUAAGUCCAAUAAUUGUAUUUAAUUUCUUAAUUGCGAUCUUUAUAUCUGCGUGUAAAUGAGGUUGUAGCUUUUGUCGUUAUUGUUAGUGAUAAACUUUUAUUUGUUUUGAAAUUUGAGUUGAAAUGGCGUUCAAUCGUGUUGAGCAGUGAUUUUACCAUCCAAACAAAUUUUGCCUUGAAAAGUGUUCAAGUCCAUUUCUGAUGCCAUUGCUUUUGUCACCAAGCCAAAUAAAGUACCUUUAUGACGACA